UGACGUCUAGCUACUAACUUCACGCCGCUAAAAAUCUUCAAUAAAUAUUUUUUUUCAAUUUUAUAUUUUUUAUGAAAAACUAACUAAACAUUUAUAAUUCCAACUCUACUUUCACUAUGGAUAAUAGUAAUGGAAAAGUGUUUUACCCCAUCAUCAACUCAAUUCAAAGAAUUGCUUUAUACGAGACUAAAUCGAAAUAUUAUCUAGUUGGAUCAAACAACACCCAAACUCGAUUUCGCUUAUUAAAAAUAGAUCGAAUGGAAUCUAAAGAUUUAGAAAUAUACGAUGAUAAAGUUGAAUACACGGCAGAGGAAAUUCGCAGUUUAAUCGGUAUGAUCGAGUCGGGAAAUAGAAGAUCCGGUGGGGGAGGUUUUUCAAAAGUAAUAUCAGCAUUUGGUAUUGUAGGUAUGAAAACUAUAAAUUUCACACUACAAUACAUUAUAUUUCGCGUUUUCUUUAUAGGUUUCAUAAAAUUCUUGGAAGGUUAUUAUAUUAUACUAAUCACCAAACGAAGGAGAGUUGCUCUUAUAGGUCAUUACACAAUUUAUAAAAUUGAAGAUACUUCAAUGGUUUAUAUCCCUCAUGAAUCUAUCAGAAUCGUACAUUCCGACGAGUCUCGCUACGUCAAGAUGUUCCAAAACAUAGAUCUCGCCAGUAAUUUUUAUUACAGUUACAGUUACGAUUUAACUCACACGCUUCAAUAUAAUUUGUCCACUCCUAAGAGGUUCAUACACGAUAAAAGAGACGUGAAUCUUUCAACUUCAAUUUUAUCGAAUUCCUCUAAUCACGAAUCCCAAACUUUUGGUAUUAGGACACAGCCACACAAGAAAUUCGUGUGGAAUCAUCAUCUACUUAGUGAAGCUUUAAAAACUGAACUGCAUCCUGAUUGGGUACUUUAUAUAAUUCACGGUUUUAUAGAUCAGUUAAAUAUUAAUGUUUUCGGUAAAGCUAUUUAUAUUACUUUGAUAGCGAGGAGAUCUUCUCGAUACGCCGGGACGAGAUUUUUAAAACGUGGCGCCAAUUUCCAGGGAGACGUUGCUAAUGAAGUGGAAACUGAACAAAUAGUUCAUGAUUCUAGUAUUUCCUAUUUUAAUAAAAGUCAUUUUACGUCGUUUGUACAAAUGAGGGGUUCAAUUCCAGGUCAUUGGAAACAGGAGAUGGGAAAAAUGUUAUCGAAACCCGCAAUAACCAUAGAUUUCUACGAUCCUUUCGCUGAAACAGCGGGAGCUCAUUUUAACGAGCUCUUAAAACGAUACGGAGCUCCUAUCAUUAUAUUGAAUUUAGUGAAAUCUAGAGAAAGAAAGAAACAGGAAUGUCUUUUGAGUGAUCGAUUGUGUUCGGCUGUUGACUAUUUGAAUCAAUUUUUACCAAACAAACAUCGAAUUAUUUACAAGAAUUUCGAUAUGGCGAAAAAAAUUAAAGACCCUAAUUCGAAUGUAAUGGGGCACUUGGCAGGGAUUGCUAAGCACGUCGUUAUGAAAGUCGGUAUUUUUAAUAACAAACCAAAAUUUUAUAACCAAAAAGACGAUACUGUUGUCGGACAAAAUUCGAAUGAAUUCGGGAGUUUACAGACUGGUAUUGUUAGGACAAAUUGUGUGGAUUGUCUUGACAGGACCAACACUGCACAGUUCGCAAUAGGAAAAUGCGUUUUGGGUUACCAAUUAUGCGCAUUGGGGGUGAUAGAUACCCCUAACCUGGAAUUCGAUACGGAUUGCGUGCGUAUGUUGGAAUCUUUAUAUGAAGAUCACGGAGACACUUUAGCCCUUCAAUACGGGGGUUCUCAAUUAGUUCACCGUAUAAAAACUUAUAGAAAAACGGCACCGUGGACGUCCCAAGGCAACGACAUCGUCCAAACGAUCAGUAGAUAUUACAGCAACACUUUUUCCGAUGCAGAAAAACAAAACGCUAUUAAUUUAUUUUUGGGAGUGUUUCAACCGGAAGAAGAUAAACCCCAAAUAUGGGAAUAUACUACCGAUUAUUAUUUCCACCAUAAACCGUUUGUUUUCGGUUCGAAAUCUUUGACUCAAUGGUGGGACGAAGAGGUUUUGAAGAGCUUACCUUAUGCUUAUAAUGAUUUAACUAAGGGCUGCUCCGAAUUGAUACAGGUGCAUUCCCAAGAUGCCGAAAUGAUUGAUUCGUAUGUGGAAUAUUACAGGCCAUACGAAUUGACGGUUUUAAGCGACGUUUUCGCUUUGAAGAUUUCCAAUUCGAUUAGAGACUUUAUGCCAACUUCCACUAUAAAUUUUAGUCCGUUUACUAUAAGAGUUAGACCGGUUCGAAGGAGGGAGCACAAUUCUAGUAAACCGAAUGCUAUGAAAAAUCCUUCGGUUACUGGACAGAGUUCAGUUUGUUCCACUGCUUCUAGUACGAGUUCGAGUUCUGAUGAAGGCUCAGCAGACGAAGAGGAAAGUUCAAAUACCAACGAUUCAUUAGCAGUACCAUCGAAAGACGCCAUACCAGAACCGAUCACUUUCAAAUCCCUUUUCCCUACCAUGAAACAAGUUUACGGUACCGAAUUGAAAAAACCGAAUUUCCAAGACGUCCUCACCUAUAAAAAGUACGUUCUGAUAGGGAAAAAAGCGAUAGGUACAGCGAAAAACGUUUUCCAAUCCAUUUCCACCAAUCAAAAGAUGUUGGACGAGUUUUCCACUGAUUCGGUUUACCGAGUUAACCCUCCGGAGGUAUCGGCGACGUCUAUAGAUAUUUACAAGCGGUACGUACAAAUUGGACAAAAUGGGGGGUUUCCCCCGAAAACUAGUGAUAUUCAAAUAUACGAAAUGUACGCCAAAUACGAAUAAUUUUUUUUUAUCUGUGAUUAUUUUUUUAUUAUAUUAUUUACUAUUUUAUUGGAAAUAAAACGUAUUGUUAGAA